AAUUUGUCUUCCCGAAAUGAGGAGCAUAGUCCGGUUAAUGAAGCGUUUGAAGAUCAAGCACUGGGCCCUGGUUCUACUUGUAUUGAUAUUGACGCUACACUAUGGCGGGGUUCUGUUGUUUAUGAGGGAGAAAAGCUUUAAGGAAUUCCAGUACCCACUAGUUGGAGAUGUGUCAAGAUAUGUUGGAGAAAUGAAGAGAGGAGAGAUCCCGUCUAAGAACCCAGUUUAUAAUCAUGAUUAUUAUAUAUCUAAACAUCCUAAACAUAAAUGUUUAACAGAAGAUGAAAAACAGUAUCAUUCACUCAGGGUUCUCUACCUUGUGAAGUCUGCUGUAGGACACUUUGACCGGCGUGAGGUGAUCCGGAAGACCUGGGGUAUGGAGAAGAGGUUUGCUGACGUACCAAUACGAACAGUUUUUCUUUUAGGGUCAGUGCCCGAUGACCUGACUAUGCAAGGAAAAGUAGAAAAUGAAUUCCAACAGUUUAAAGAUUUAGUUCAAGGAAGCUUCGAGGAUAACUACUACAAUAAUUCAUUAAAGGCAGCCAUGGGUCUUCGAUGGGCCGUAGAUCAUUGUUCAAGGUCCCGGUUCUACGUAUUUGUGGAUGACGACUACUAUGUGUCCACCAGGAACCUGCUGAGGUUCCUCAGGAACCCUCUCAACUAUCCUGGAUACCUAGAGGAGGAUGUGAUAUCAUUUGACGAGGACACAAAUAUGUUCCCGAGGAAGGGACGGAAACAUCGUGAUACUGCUGAGGUUCUCAACAAUCCAGAUAACGUUGUCCUUGAACAUAUUCUUGCAGAACCUGGAGACACAUUUAUAAAUAAAACCAAAGUGGUUGGAAUUGAACACAAGAACGGAGAAUUCUUCAAGGCGGGAGUAGAGAAACAGGAAGGAGGGAAACCGGAUGUAGAGAGUGGAACAGAAAUGUUUGAUGAAGAAGUUGGUCCAGCGAGAAAACUGAAUCAACUCAUUGAUUUUGAUUUGCCCGAGGAUGUAAAGCUGUUUGCUGGAUAUGUAUUCCCUGAUUCUCGCCCUCAUCGUCAUAGAAUAUCUAAAUGGUUUGUACCUCUGGAAGAAUAUCCCUACAACCGCUGGCCUGCUUAUGUUACUGCAGGAGCGUAUGUACUGUCCCGGGAAGGAUUAGUAGACAUGUACUACACUAGUUACUUCACUAAGCUGUUUAGGUUUGAUGAUAUCUGGUUGGGCCUGAUAGCUCAAAAAGCAAGUAUAGAACCUCUUCACAGUUCAGAGUUUUACUUCCACAGAAAGGUGUACUCCGUCCGCAACUACAAGUAUGUUGUGGCCAGCCAUGGGUUCUCCGACUCCAGGGAGCUCUUCAGGGUCUGGAACCAGCAGAGAGAGGCCGGAAAUGCCUGAUUUUUUUAAACAUAUUUUUUUAAUGAUUUUUUUCAGA